AUGUAUGCUGAUCGCCAGCGGAAAAAGGUAAUGGAGCGCGAUGCGCAGAUCAAGCUGGCCCAGGGGGAUAAGCUUGCAAAGCGGGGGCUCUGGCUGGAGGCUGUGGCACUAUACACAGAAUCCAUUGACUUAAUCCCGACCAACGCCAUGACAUUUUUUAAUCGAGCAAAGUGCUACUUUGAGAUGCAUGACUAUCAUAGGUAUGUCUUCGAUAUAUCACUAGCAAUUCACAUUGAACCGACAAAUUAUGUAUUCUACGUUGCGCGCUCGCAUGGGUUCUACAUGCUUAAGAAGGUUCAGGAAGCGCUAAAGGACUUAGACUAUGCUAUUUCCGAGACAGGUUCCUCUGCAGACCUAUUCUUUAGGAGAGGUGUCUGCUACUAUGAUCUGCGUCGCUGGAGUGAUUCCAUAAGCGAUUUCUCCAGAUGUCUAGAGAUCAAUCCGGCCCAUCCCAGUGCAUACUCACGGCGCGGAGCAGCCUACCUCAAGCUUAAGAACGGCGCUUUAGCAAUAGAUGACCUUCGGAAAUCUGUCAACGUCUCUAGUCGCUCUCUACAGCACAAAAAUUACUUCAAACUUGCAAUAGCAAACCUUAUCAUAGGAGACGCGCUCGCGGCUGUAGAGGCUUUCAGUGCCGCUUUGGAAAUAGCAAGAAACUACCGCGCAGAACUUAUUUCCAAGCAGAAGGCCAAGGCUUCUAAAGUAGCCACCUAUGGGAUAUCAGGAAUAGCUCAAAAGGAGGAAGAAGAGAAAAUAGAUAUUAAGCGAGUCAUCAUGACUGUGGACAAGGUGCGCUAUCAACUGAUAGCGUUUGAGGAUAAUGAAACAUUCAACAUAUUUGACGAUGCCGUGAAUGCAGAGCCGCCCAAGUAUACACCUAUGGCCAUCUACACCCCCAGUAACAAGAAGCUCGAGCAGCUGUCUUCCGAGAAAGCAGAACUGGAGGCCACGGAGAAGUGCUUUCCCGAGUAUCUGGCCAGUAGAGGCAAGGCAAAGGCUCUCCUUGGUAGACACUCGGAGGCCCUGCAAGACUUCUCGGAGUCAAUCUCCUAUUCUCCUAACAAUCCCCAAACGUAUUAUGAACGCUCUAAUGCCUUUAGAAUCAUGGGGUUUUAUGAAAAUGCCCUCAGAGACAUCGAAUUCUGUGCCCACAGGAAGCUUAAUGCAGAUAUCGCCUAUGCGAAAGCAAUAAUCUGUGAGAAUAUUGGAGAGCUGGAAGAGUCUUUGGUGAUUUACGAGGCGAUCCUCGCUGGACUGUUCUCUAAACCAUAUACUACGGACUACCUCCAGUCUCUUGGUGACAGGGGACAGUCCAGCAUAGACGCCAUCGUUGAGCUUAGUCUACGGGGAGCAGAUGAAACAAUGAUAGCAGCAGAGCAGUUAAUCAACGAGACGAGGUUUGUUAAGAUGAUCGAAUUAGAUGCAUACGUAGAUGACCUGACUGAACGGAGCAAGCGUGUGACUAACUAUCCUGGCAAUACCACCAGGCCAAACCUAAGUAUCAGCACUGGGAUUUCAAGUGAUCACGAGGGGAGCAAAGACAGUCCUAAUGACAAGUCUGGAUUACCCAGCGCGCUUAUCAGCAACACCACACCACAUGCACAGGAACAGAUAUUUGGAAAGUCCCAGCGUUCAACUGUGACAGCUGAUGGGAAGGUCUUCCCCAAGCCUCGGUUCUUCCAUCUUCCGAGUCUUUACCACGCUGCUCUUUUAUAUAGGCAAAAGCUGAACUUCGAGCGUGCAACUGAACUUAUAAGAUAUGCUCUCUCGUUAGAUCCCUUGGAUGACAAAUUAUAUGAGCUACUUGCAAUCCUGCAUUAUGACGCCCUUGACUAUCAUAACGGAAUAGCCUGCGUCGAGAAAGUCAUUGAGAUUCAGUCCACUAGUCCCACAGGAGUCUUUUGGGAAACUUACUACCUUCUGGGAAUGUGCCACAUGAAGCUACAGAACUAUAGUAAGGCUUUGGAGUGCAUGAUACUGGCGCAGAAACAGCCCGCUGGUGGCGCAAAGGAACCGCUUUACAAGCAGAUUGAGGCAGAGAAAAUUAAUGGGGUGCUAGCUUCUCUUCCGCCGGGCAGCAAUAUCGCAAUUGCGUAUCUGACAUAUGCGGGGAGCUCUGCUAUACCGCGGGAUCCCUUAAGCCCCACCUCUGCAGCGCGUGGAUACCGUGCCGGGCAGUCUACACAGACAGAGCAGAGAGAUACCUCACCCAAUUCUGUCAUCUUCCCUCUCCUGGAUUUGUCUGGAGCGCUUCCAGGAUGCAACAAUCUGCACGUUCUACUCCGGAAAGCAGAGUGUCUCUUCUAUCUCUCAGACUAUAUAGGUUGUGUCAGAAGCUGCUCUCUGGCCCUUAAAGAAUUCAACUUUUCACAGUACACCCACCGCGGUGUUCGGCUCAUCUCAACUGUUGCCAACUUGAUUAGAAAUAAUAAGCCCUUACGUCAGUAUGACCUUGCACAGGUUGUGAAAACUAAUGGGAACGUGAUGAGCCAAGAGGAGAUAGCGUCUCUUUCAACGAUGGUUGAGGUUCCGCUAAAUGGAAGCGAUAAGGAGUAUCUUUUUAAUGUCUACUUUCUUCGUGCACGGGCUCUGGCCAUCAUCAACCGUCUGGAACGCGCUGUGAAGGACGCAUUCCGGGCCCGGCACGUUUACCUUAAUCUAGGAACCAUGGCGACGACUGGUAUUGGUGCUUUACUUUACUUUAUGAGCAGAACCUACGCCUUUCUACGCCUGUACACCAAAUCCUAUCACUGCGCAAGAGAUGCUAUCAAGGCCGGUCUCCCAUACUAUGCUAUUUCGCGUGCACACUACAUGCAAGGAGUAGCGCUUAUGUACACAAAUAGAAAAGAGCUAGCGGCCAAGUGUUUUUCCCUUGCACUCAAAACCUCCUUUACGGCAAAAUUUGCAGGCCCGAUCUUUGAGAAGCUCCGCGGAGAAGGCAUAAUUGUGUUACCAUCUUUGGAAGAAGUUGCACACUUUGUAGAGCUUUAUAAGGAGUAUGACCCCUCUGACUAUGAGCAUUUUCCUAAAGUGAUUGAGAAGGGCAAGAAGAAGAUCCUCCUCAAUAGCUUUGGUAAAGAGUCGAAGGGUCCUGUCAGCAGAUUUGUCGUUCGCACUCCGUCGUCAAGCAAUCCGGGGAGUACUCCUGGAAGCAGGCCCAACACAGGCCGCCGCUUGGCAUCAAGUAGUAUCAUUGAAACGUUUGGAACCGUAGAGCCACAGGCGGCUCCCCUAGAGAACCGGGACACUGUAGUCAAUCGCAUGCCAACAAUGCAGUGUCUGCCCAUCACGGGGACUGAAGCAGAGUUUACUAAUAAAAUCACAGCAUGCCACAGCCAGCGGAUUGAUUCUUUAGAGAAACAACUCGUUAACAGUAGGCUUUGGACCCUCGCAGCACAACUAGACACGGAGACUCAAAACUUCGACGAGUUUCUGAUACUGACGAAUCGGCUCCAUCAGCCCGAAAACGAGCACAUCCUUCGUGGCCCACUUCGCUUUGCCACCACCAAUUCCUGGGUCACGAAAGAUAAUGUCUUUUAUUUGCACGAACGGGCAAAGUGUCUUCAGGAGCUGGGGCUGCACGAACUUGCGACAGAUGACUUCACAUCAGUAUUGCGGUUUCAGCCAACAAACGAUCGGGCAUUUUUCAGACGCGGUUUCAGCCUUCGUGCGCUUGGAAUGAUUGAUGAGGCGGCUCUAGACUUCGAAAAAGCAAAGAAGUUGCGACCAGAUGUGAGCCAAUAUCAUCUAGAUUAUGAAAACAUGAGCCAGAUUGGCUAUCUAGAGCUUGUUCCAUAUGGACAAGAGGAGUUUUACACUGGGGAGGCCAGUACAGACAUCCAGAAGUCGGAUCCUGAGGGCCUUUACAACAGUGACACGUAUCCACCGCUUCCGGACGAGCAGUACCUUCAGACUCGCCUGCAGAACACGCACUUCUAUUAUAUUAAUACGCAAGAUGUCUUUGACAUGGUGCGUACGUUAAACGAUUCGAUACGGCUUCGCCGGCAGGUUGAGUCACCCACCAUUCCUCUCACUGAAGAAGACACCGCAUUAUUGAACAAUGACGUAGACGACAUACCUCCAGACGCCAGUGUAUCAAUUGAUGGGCCUACACAAGCAGCCCAAUGA